AGUCACAAGCAUUUACAUAAAUAAUUUCUGACUGAAGUAAAUACAUGUCAUUUAACACUUCAGUAAUAUAUUUUUAGAAAAAAAAGUAAUGCUGAAAAACCCGCUUUCGAAAUGAUGUGAUCGCUCGCGCGCACGAUAAUAAAACUUCCCCACCCUCCUUUUCGGCAGCGGUAGCUCUGCGGCGCAUGCGCUUAAUAUUGGUAUGACCCCUUUCGGUUGCCGUCGCUGUAUAGCACAUGCGCAUUGGAUGCUUGACGCCACAUUCCCCGCCUGAGCCUCAAAGCCGAAAAACUCGUCUAGGUUUAGUUGGCUACCCUCGGAAAAACAAUUAAGAAAUUAUACAGUCUUUUUUUUAUGCGGAACAAAACCAGAAAUCACACAAUCACUUCGGCAUUUUUCGUGUGGAUACAUAUAUCCAGCUUUAAAGACCGGCGGCGGUGUGGUGGGUACCUUGAUCAAGGGUACUACAGCAGGAAGUGGGAUUCAAGCCAGCAACCUUCAGAUUGCAUGACUGCAGCCCUCACCGGUACACUGUCUGCGCAGUAAUGCCUGUUAUGGACCAUCAGGUGGAGGAGUGAUUAGGGCUGUCUCAUUUCAAAUUCCACCUGCUGGUGUAGGACCCUUGAUCAAGGUGGUGCUCUGCUGUUAUUCCAGCUCACAGGAAAACGUGAGCAGUUUCUCCAUCCUCUCAUUUGUCUGGCUUCUAGUUGUGCUCUUCUGGCACCUAAUUUUUCCAUCUGAGUCCCUGGCCCUGUAACCAUGGCAACUGAGGAGAAGAAACCAGAAACCGAAGCGAUUAAGGCACAGUCAGCAUCGUCUGCCUCAGCAAGCCAGAGCAAGUCGACUCCGGUGAAGCCCAACUACAGUCUGAAGUUCACUUUAGCUGGACACACGAAGGCCGUCUCCUCAGUCAAGUUCAGCCCUAAUGGCGAGUGGCUGGCUAGCUCCUCUGCUGAUAAACUGAUCAAAAUCUGGGGAGCCUAUGAUGGAAAAUUUGAGAAAACAAUAUCUGGUCACAAACUCGGCAUCUCGGACGUGGCCUGGUCCUCUGACUCCAACCUCCUGGUCUCUGCAUCUGAUGACAAAACUCUGAAGAUCUGGGAUGUGAACUCGGGGAAAUGUUUGAAGACCUUAAAGGGCCACAGCAAUUAUGUCUUCUGCUGCAACUUCAACCCUCAGUCCAACCUGAUUGUGUCCGGAUCAUUCGAUGAAAGCGUACGGAUAUGGGAUGUCAAAACGGGCAAGUGCUUGAAGACCUUGCCGGCCCACUCGGACCCUGUUUCCGCGGUUCAUUUCAACAGAGAUGGUUCCCUCAUCGUGUCCAGCAGUUACGAUGGUCUUUGUCGAAUCUGGGACACAGCAUCUGGACAGUGUCUGAAAACACUGAUAGAUGAUGAUAACCCUCCAGUGUCAUUCGUGAAGUUCUCUCCCAACGGCAAAUACAUUUUGGCUGCCACCCUUGACAACACCCUCAAACUGUGGGACUACAGCAAAGGAAAGUGUUUAAAAACAUACACCGGACACAAAAACGAGAAGUACUGUGUGUUCGCCAACUUUUCAGUCACUGGUGGCAAGUGGAUCGUGUCAGGAUCAGAAGACACCAUGGUAUACAUCUGGAACCUUCAGACCAAGGAGAUUGUACAGAAAUUACAGGGUCACACAGAUGUGGUGAUCUCCACUGCCUGCCACCCCACAGAGAACAUCAUAGCAUCGGCAGCGCUGGAAAACGACAAAACCAUCAAACUGUGGAAGAGCGAUUGCUAAGCUUGUGACGUGCAAGCUCUUUUAUUUCAUUUUUUCCUUUAAUUUUUAUUUUCUUGGAAAAAAGUGGACUUCAUGCCAGACAGAUCACACGUGACCCAUAAGCCCUGUGAGAGAGGACUGGUCGGGCAGCGGGAGGGGAAAAAAGCAAAACUCGAGUCCAGAACACAGCUGCCAAACCUCCCGCACUGAGAACCUCUAAUCGUCUCAGCCUUAUUCGUAACGGGACAUGUCACUGACAAAGGUCUUAACUUCUAAUUUCUCAGACAUGUUGGUACAUUAUUCCCCUUCUCUGAUUUGAAUUCAUUCAAGUACUCGGCUGUAUUUAGAGAAGCACAGCCCAGCUCUUGGUUCUCUGAGAGCAGUUGUCUGAAAGUAGCAGUUAUUUGCAUGGGCAAAAUUAUUUAGCAGUUUUGACAUUAUAUACCAUACUACAUUAUCGCUGAAAGCCUCUCUUUUCCCUGUGGGGUGUUCUUUUGCUCCAUGGACCUGCACUAGUGCCGAAAAUCAAAAUGCUGUGGUGAAAUUGCGCACAGGAUGUGGGACUUACGGCUGCAGCCGCCUUAAGCAAAGCCCAGAUCCCCAAAAUGUUUCCAUUGUUGUGUGUUUUUUUUUUUUUUUUUUUUUUUUUUUCCCCCCUUCUUCUUUUUUUGGGUGGUGGGGUGCUUUUUGUGUGCUGUGACUCUAACCUAUGUGAGCAAAAAUGGAUUUAAUUCCAUCAAGAUUGAAGUUCUUCAUGCCCAUAUCUAACCAUGAAAGUAAAGAAGAAUUUAUCUGUUAAUAUACAUCUUAUUAAAUAUUUCCAAAGGCAUUUCAAAGAACGCAAGCCACGCGGUGAGUGUACCUCUGCUGAGUACGCAUCAAACUCGCGUGUGGUUGCGACAGGUGCAAUGGGAGAAAGAAAUGUCUUCGAGUCCAGAAAUGACAGGUUAGUGCCAUACGGAUAUGAGUGUCACGUGAAGGGAGAUGGAGAUGGUUGGUUGUCGCACUUGACUCUGCUUUAACUAGAAGUCUAGGUCUAAACUUGCAACUAACCUAAUGUGUAUUGGAGGCGUUUACCACUGUACGGAGGUAUUGGGGGACAAUGUGCUCCUUCAGUGCAUUGUGACAAGAUUUUUUUUUUUUUUGGCUGCAUGUGCUGGCAAGCAAGAAUGGACAGUAUGUCACAGUCGUUCACCGCUUUUGGUUGUACUACACCAGGAUUCACCGUAGUAGUUUCAUACUCUGAAUAAAAUGAAUGAGCUGCCAUGUUGCGCUGAAAGGUUUAAAUCCCACCUUCUACUGUAGUACCCCUAAGGAAGGUACUUACUCUGAAUUGAUG